GUCAGAUAGGAGGAGGUGAGGAGGUGUGUGAGUGUUCAUGCAACAAGAAGAAAUCAGUCCUCAGUGAUGGCAAAGGAAAAAUAUGGUGACUCCCGGACGUUUGAGCCUAAUUUUAAAGGGCCCAUUCACAACAGGAGCUGCACUGAUGUUUUCUGCUGUCUGCUCUUCAUUCUGGCCCUGCUGGGUUAUAUUGCAGUCACUGCUCUUGCCUGGUCUCAGGGUGACCCACAGAAGGCGAUUUAUCCCAAAGACAGUAGGGGGCAGUUGUGUGGUCAGAAGGGAACCCCACUGGAGAAGAAGCCUCUGCUGUUUUAUUUUAACAUCAUGGAGUGUGCCAGGACAAAAGUGCUGCAGGAUUUGCAGUGUCUCACCACACAGAUCUGUGUGGAGAAAUGUCCAGGUAGGUUCCUGACACGGAAGGAGGUUAAACGGACAUAUACGGAACACAUACCGUACUACUCACAGUUCUGUAAGGAGGGAGUGAACACUACACUGGUGACUCCCGAAGUCCUGAAACAUGGAAAGUGUCCGGAAUGGAUCAUAAACAGCAAGCCGUUUAUGCACAGGUGUUUGCCGGACCUGAAGAAGAUGGAGAACGAGGGUGUAAUUGUCAUCGCUAACAAAACUACCUUCACUUCCGGAGACGUCAACUUGAAUGUCACCGACCUGCUGGAAGCAACAAAGAAGUCCAACAUCAUUGUAGAAGCUCAGGAGGUGGCCAUGAGGAUCUUUGAGGAUUACAUUAAGUCGUGGCACUGGAUCCUGCUUGGAUUAGUAAUUGCCAUGGUGCUCAGUCUGCUCUUCAUCUUUCUUCUGCGUUUUCUGGCUGGGGUCAUAAUCUGGGUGAUAAUCAUCUCGGUCAUCCUUGUUAUUGGUUAUGGUACCUUCCAAUGUUAUAUGCAGUGCGUGAAAGGCCAGGCUGAAUCAGGCCAGGCUGAAUCAGAUCUUAUCAUAAAGGAUCUGGGGCUCCAGGAAGGUUUCUCCAUCUACCUGCAGAUCCCGCAGACCUGGCUGGCCUUCACAAUUAUCCUGGGUAUUGUGGAGCUGGUGAUCAUCCUUCUCCUCAUCUUCCUUAGGAAGAGAAUCAUCGUCGCCAUCGCUCUCAUUAAAGAGGCCAGCAGGGUGCUGACUCAUAUGAUGUCAUCGCUGUUCUACCCUCUGCUGACCUUUGCCCUCGUGUCUCUGGCGAUUGCAUACUGGGCCGUCACCGCUGUCUAUCUAUCCACUUCCAAUGAGCCAGUCUAUAAAGUUUUCAACAUCACAGAGUGUGAAUACUCCAGACAGACCUGCAAACCUGAGACGUUCAACAGCUCUAAAGUCCUCACGCAGUGCCCAGAUGCGGAAUGUCUGUUUGCAUUCUAUGGUGGAGAGACGUACUUCCAUAAGUACCUGAUCGUAUUCCAGUUGUAUAACAUGUGGAUGUUCUCCUGGUGUGUGAACUUUGUGACGGCGCUGGGUCAGGUGACCCUGGCCGGGGCCUUCGCCUCCUACUACUGGGCCUUCAACAAACCGGAUGACAUCCCGACGUUCCCUGUCUUCUCCUCACUCGGACGGGCCCUCAGGUAUCAUACAGGCUCGUUGGCCUUUGGUUCUCUGGUCCUCUCCAUCAAUCAGGUGAUCAUCAUGAUCCUGGAGUAUCUUGAGAAGAAGCUGAAAGUUGCUACAAACAGAGUUGCUAAGUUCAUCAUGAGGUGCCUGAAGUGCUGCUUCUGGUGUUUGGAGAAUAGCAUCAAGUUCCUUAACAGUAACGCCUACAUCACGAUCGCCAUUUAUGGUAAAAACUUCUGCACGUCUACUAAGGACGCUUCCUGCCUCCUGAUGAGGAACAUUGUCCGGGUGGCCAAACUGGACAAAGUGACGGACUUCCUGUUGUUUCUGGGAAAGGAGCUGAUAGUGGGGAUUGUGGGAGUCUGCUCUUACUUCUUCUUUACUGGGAAGAUAAAGGCUGUGGAGGAAGUGACUCCACCACUAAACUAUCGCUGGGUUCCCAUCAUGACGGUGAUGAUUGGCGCCUACAUCAUCGCCCAUGGCUUCUUCAGCGUCUACGGCAUGUGUGUGGACACUCUGUUCCUGUGCUUCUUGGAGGAUCUGGAGCGCAAUGAUGGAUCUGCAGAGAGGCCGUACUUCAUGUCCAAGAGUCUCCAGAAGAUACUCAAUAAAAAAAACAAGGUUAUGAGCGAAUAAACCUCCAGAGAGAAGAGACAAAGGAGAAAAAACAUGAGGAGAAAGUGGGAGAACCCAGUGAUCAGAGAUGGUUUUAUUUGUAUUAACAGUGUGGACUCCAGUCAGAUCACUUUACUGUUCAUUCUGAGUGUAAUAUUGUGAGUUUUGAGCUGUUUCACUGUUACUGAGUGUUACAUUUGCAUUUUAGAGGUUAAAUUCUUUAAUAUUCAUCUGUUCUGACUGUAUAUUUAUCAUUUGGUACUGUUUAUUUACCUUUUUCUCACGUUGUUUGUUGUUUUAAUGUAUGCUGUCCAGUCUGAGGAUUGGUACAAGUAUCAAAAUGUCAAAAUCAAAAUAGUGAGAGUUACAUUUUAUUUUUCAAAAAGAUGAAUACUCAUUUUCUCUCAUUCUGAAAUGUAUUACUCAUCUGAUAUUCUUCUAUUUACUGAUUUAGCUGAAAUAUUUUUUUGCUGCUGAAAUCUUUCUUUUGCUUCUGAUUUUUGGCACUUUUUAAGGGUGUGGGUCUUAGAAGAGGGCAUUCACCAGCACUUUCUAUUGGUCAACUAAAUUGGAGUGACAGGUCUUCUGAACAUGUAGGGUGAGUUACACCAACAAGGAUUAAGCUUAAACUUGGAUUACAUCAAAGUUUAUAUAGGGACUUUGUUGUAACUCAUUUAUGGUUAAAGAUUCUCCCCACAAGGGGGCGCUGUUAGUACUCAUGUAGCUCUUGUGCGCAUCCCUGAAGAAAAUAAACAGAGCAGCAGGAUUAAUAUGACUGAAUAUCCUCCAGAUAAGCUUUGUUGGUCUGGGAUGAGC